UACUCGAAGUUCGACUUACCCUGCUUAUGCACCACGACACUCGUCUUCCAAUAAUAACAUGAAUUUUACAAGACGUUCUACACAUUCGGAAGAAACAACAUUACAAAAUUAUUACCCAUCCGUGACACAAAGAAACAUGCCACAGAAAUUACUUACACCACAACUGCUUGCAACUAAUGGAACGUCAGAUCAAGAAAUGCUGGCAACAGCUUCAUUACCCACAUCACCUUCUCAAAUAUCUUUAGCCAGUAAUCGUACUUAUACUUUUACAAAUGAAUCUACUGAAAAAACAAAUAGAAGAGCUAGCACAUAUAAUCCAUCAAAACCAUUACCUAGUGUUCCAACCAGUGGACAACGACCAAAGAGUUUUGCAUUCGGUCUUUCGAACAGAAAAUCAUUCAUAUUACCAGAUAAGGUCACAUCUUCACAAUCAAAAAUUCCAAAACAAAUACCUAAAUGCCAGCAUUGUUUAAAGAACCCUUGUAAAAAGAAAUUUCCUAAAGGAUAUUCCAGAUUUUGUUCAAAUUCAUGUAAAAGUGUUGCACAGAAAGAUUCUAGUGAAACUGCAUCACAAUAUAAUGAACGAAGGUCAUCUUUCGGCUCUUCAAUUUUUAACGGAUCCACAGAAUCAUUCGUGAAAAAUUUUUAA